GAAAGAAAAAAAAAAACCCUUCACUUGCGCAUGUUCUCCUUCAUUCACACUGUCACAUCGCUGCCUGAGAGGGAUUUUUACAAUGGACAUCUGCUGAAAGACCACGAAAACGUUCGUAUGUCGUUUUUGCACAUUGGAUGCAUCUGUUUCUAUGCAAGGGAUGUGUUUUUAAGCAAAGGCUAUGGCUUCUUCUGGCUCCAUAUCGCAGCCCGGAGGAACCUGCAACGGCACUCCUGGAGAUCAGGCUAACAUUGAGCAGGAAUUCUAUGACUAUCAGAUGCAUAUGAAAAUGUGCAAAAAGAUUGCACAAUUGACAAAGGUGAUUUACGUACUGAACAACAAAUGCGAUGAGCACGAGUUGACGCUGCAGGCCCUGCGGGAUGCCCACGAGGAGGAGAUACAGCACAUCAUGGAGGAGAUGCAGGGGAAGAUCCAGCAGUACAAGAGCCGAGUGGGGGAGGAGAUGGACCUGAGACAGCGGCUGCAGGCCCUGGAUGAGGCUCUGGAGCAGCACAAGCUGCGUAAGGAAGAGGCGCUCGCUGACUUCAAUGCAUACAGGCGUCAAACAGAGGAGCGGGAACUGAGAACUGAGACGGAGCACGCAGAGCGCAUCAUGUCCCUGUCCAAGGAGAUGCUGGACAUGAAAAAGAACUUUGAGAACAAGCUCCAGAACUUCGACCAGCUGAAGGAACAGCUGGAACAGGACAAGGAGAAGGCCGUGACCGAGCUGGAGAGAGUGAGCCAGGAGUCCUUGAGCUUGCAGGACGAGUGCCAGGUGCUGCGGAGGAGCAGCGUGGACGAGAGGGGACGGCUGGAGGAGAUGUGCAACUCCAAGACGCAGGCUCUGUGGGAGGAGGUGGAGGAGCUCAGGACUGAGAAGCUCAAGCUGACAGAGGAGUGCAGUCACAAUAUCUGCAGCCUGAAGGCCGAACACGAGGAACAGCAGAAGGCCCUGAAGAGGACUCUGCAGCAGUCAAUGACUGAUACACUGAAACAGUGGCAGCAGCAGGAGCUGGAACAGAGGAAAGCCCUGCAGCAAAAACUAAAGAGAACGGAGGGGGAACUGGAUGCUAAAGGUCAGAGGUUAAAUGACUGCAAGAGACAUGCGGUCAAACUACAGGAGAGGAUACAGGAAUUGGAAACGCAGCUUCAGGAAGCACGUUGCAAGGUUUCUGAGGCCGUCGCCAACAUGAGGAAAUCAGAGGAGGAGCUGUCAGUGGCUAAAGAGCGGCUCAUACUGCAGGAGAAUGAGAUACUGAAUAAAUCAGAGGAGCUCAUGACUCACUGCUCGUCUCAGAACAAGGCGUCUGCCGAGGUGGAAGAGUUAAGAUGUCAGGUGUUGCAGUUGCAGAAGCAUAUUAGGGAGCUGGAGCAGAAGAGCAAUGGAAAGAACAAUGAGCACGCCCAGCAAGUGAAACAGCAUGCGCAGGCUGUUGCUGUGCAGAAGCAGGACCUCCAGCAAACACACAAAGAAGAGCUCCGGAAAUGGAAGCGUCAGUCUGAUGAGGAGAAGACACGAUUGAAAGAGCAGCUGAUGAAGGCCUUGGAGGAGGUUAUGCGGAAACAUGCAGUGGAGCUCAAGUCAGUGCAGACUUCCAUGGAAACUGAGAGACGGAAGAUACAGAAGGAUCUCCAAACCCAAGUGGAAAAAAUGGAGAAUGAGAGAAAACAGCUGGAGAAAGAGAAAGCUGUCCUUUCCAGCAAACUCCAGGAAUCCAUCAAUGAGGUUUCCAGCCUGGAGAGUCUAAUGCAACAGAGAGAGAACAGCUGUGAGCAAAAGGCUCCCUUUAGCAAGUCCAGCGAGAGGCUGAGGGAAGAGCUGGAGGAGUCGCGCCUCGCUGUCUCAGAGUUAAAGGAGGAAUUGGAGCAACAGAAAGAAAAGUAUAAAAAAGGGAUAUCCGAUUUGGAAAUGGAAAACCGAAAAAACAGAGACCAGAUUUUAGGACAGAUCGAGGCAAAAUAUAAAGAAAAAAUAAGGCUUGAGUGUGACCGGCUUUGCGAGCGCUUGGAAAAAGAGCAUGCAGAAAAACAGCUCUCUGCUCUGAAUCACAUGCAGAAAGAGAAAGAGAGUGAAAUCCGGAAGAUCAAUGAGGAAUGGCAAAGGGAAAUUGAAGAGCUGCAAUCACAGCACGUUGAUCAGAAGUUUGAAUCAAGUCAGCUAGUUUCCCAAGAUGCUUUGCAGAAGCUGGAAGCCCAGUUCAUCAAAGAAAAGGAAAUACUGGAGCAGGAACUCCAGGACAGUCUUAAACUGAACCGAAACUUGAAAGCCCAGCUGGAUGCAGCAAAUCAACAGACACUAAAACAUGCUGAGAACACAAAUCAGCAGCUGAAGGAGGCUGAGGAGCGUCUGCAGAAACAGCAGGAUGAGAAGCUCCAGGAGGAGCAGCAGAGGCACAGGCUGGCCCUAAAGUCUCUGGAAGAGAAGGCUAGCGAAGGGAUAGUGGCAGAGAGACAACACAUGGAGAAGCAGCAGAGAUCUCUCCUGGAAACUCAGAAAGUGGAGCUGACACAGCAGCAUGCAGGCUGGUGCCGACAGGUGGCUCAGAGACACAUGAAGCAGAUUGAAGACCUGCAGACUGAGCUCAGCACCCGGAGAGAGUUAAACAUGCAGCAGCAGGAAGGAGGUCAACAGAACCCGUUUCAAGCCUUAAGGCACCAGCUAGAGGAGUAUCAAAGUGUUGUAUGCAGCCUGAGGAAUGAGAACGCACAUUUGAAAGAUCAGCUGGCUUCACUCAGCUCUGAGGUGCAGUUCAGGAAGCAGGUCUUUCAGCUCCAAAACACUGAGGAGCAACAGAGGAGGUCCAUUGAGGAUGACCUCGUCACAAGACAUCACAUAGAGCUGGAGUCCUUGAAACAGGAGCAGAGGAAGGAGAUUCAAACCAUUGUGUCUGACUUCAGCAGCGCCCAGACCCGUUUCCAAGCAAGAAUAGUCUCCUUGGAAACAGAUCUAAAGGAGAAAGAAGAAAAGUCCAAAAGACGAGAAUCUAGACUGGAGGAUUUACAUGUGAUAGGGAAACUCCAGGAGAAACUCAGCGAGAGAGACCAGCUUAUCAAACGACUUGUGGAAGAGCGCAGAUGUCAACAGCCUCCUCAGGUGCACAGUGAUAACGUCAUCAUGAGAGGAUAUGAAAACCGACCACAGCCAGGAAGUUUAACUCCAACACUCAAGAAAAAGAAAACAGAAGAAACGCCCCCUCGUGUAAUCAGUGUUCCAAACCUUAGCUCCUACGAGAAAAGCUUCCUGGGAAGUGAACCAAAUCCAGUGAAAAGGUCUCCCCAGGCAAUACAAUCUCCCAGUUCUGACCAUGGCAGGAGUGUGUGCAGACCAUUCAAUCCCUCAGCACGCAUUCCGGAGCUGAAACCCACAAGGAGCCCAGUGGAAGAGAAAUGCCAAGACGAAGGAGCAGAACUUCAGGACCCCCAACGUCAAGAGUGGUUUACCAAAUACUUUUCUUUCUAAGAAUAAAUAAUGCUGUGCUUGCACACAGCCACUUGUGAACUGGAAGAAAUAUCUCAGAAAUGUUUUAUAAAAACAAUACAUAGUGUUUAAUGAAGAAACCUGAACAACUCUUUAGUCAGGAAAAACAUAUUGUAUUUCUGUAUAAUAUAAGCUUUGGCUGAAAUUAGUUGUGAAAUAAAAAGCACAAAUUUCAAAA